GAAAAAUACAGUUGAACGUCGGUGUUGUUAGCUUAGCUUGUCUUAGCUUAGCUUGUCUUGGGUUUUUCUGGCUGCGUUGAUGUUUUGUAAUUUAUCAUCACAUUUUUUUGUGUCGACCUCGUUCACUGUGAAUUCAUUAAAGUUCAGCUGUAGAUAAAAGUGUUCAUAAAGUUUUCAAAUUUUCUUUUAUGGACUUAACAGAGCCGAACCCAACAAAACAGACAAUAAUGCUCAGUUCUUAGAUUUCUCUURAAUUUAAGGGCGUUUAAUGUGACGAGUUGGUAGAUUGUGUUGGGUUUUGUGUUAACAUGUAGAGCUGCACAUAUUUCUGUUUUCUGUCGUUUCAAUGGGGAAAAGAAAAGACAUGAUUCACCCCAGGUUUCUUGGUGAAAGCAGCUCCAGCCUGCACAGCAUUCACAAGCGGAAGCACAAGAAACACAAGAAGCACAAGAAGAAACACCACAGCUUCGCAGAGGCCCCGGAGCCUGAGCCUGUGCCUUUGCCGGUCCCUCGACCUCCAUCGCAACUUCGACUGAAGAUCAAACUGGGAGGACAGACGCUAGGCACCAAAAAUGUCCCCACCUUCACCGUCCAUCCUGGAGUGGCUCGUCCUCCSUCGCCUCUGAUGAUCAUUGAUAAUGAUGUGGAUGAUGACGACGACGAUGACGACGACGAUGAGCCCUCUGUGCCUUUGGAGCAGUAUCGAGCCUGGUUGGAUGAAGACAGUAACUUGGCAACGUCCCCUCUCCCAGACCUGGACUCAGACUCCAUGCUGGGGGGGCCUGUGGAUGAAGAAGAGAGAUGGCUGGACGCUCUGGAGAAGGGAGAGCUGGAUGACAACGGAGAGCUGAAAAAGGAAGUGGACGAGUCUCUGCUCACUGCCAGACAGAAAGCCCUCCUUCACAAGCAGCAGGCCCAGCCUCUGCUSGAGCUGCCCAUGGGCUACAAGGAGAAGGAGAUGACCGCAGAGAUGAUGCAGAAGCGGGAGGAGCGGGCCCGCAAGAGACGCCUGCAGGCCGCCAAGAAAGCAGAGGAGAACAAGAAUCAGACRAUAGAGAGGCUGACCAAAACCAGCAAGGCCAAGAUCAAGAGCCUGAAGGAAAAGAGGUCCAAGCACAGCCAGUGCCCCAUGGUUCACUACAGCGACUCGGCUCAGGGAAUCACCAUCUCGUUCCCCUCGGGGGUCUCUGCUCCAGUCCCCGCACCUCGCUGCCCUGCUCCGGUGGCGCCGGUGAACUGCGGCGUUGGUGGGUGCUCCAACCUUAAAAAGUACUCCUGCUCGAAGACGGGGGUUCCUCUCUGCAGCCUGGAGUGCUACAAGAGAAACCUGCUGCUUGUGCAGAGCACAGCCUGAAGCUCAGAAUGUGAUGAGUCAUGUUUAAGUAAGACACGAGUCGUGAAGAACUUUAUGCUUAAAUAAGUCCUUUUAAACAAUGAGUGUGUGACCUCUCAUCAGACUGCUCAGUGGAUUUUUUGCUGUCAUUUUGCWUUUCUGUGCUACUUCACAAUUCAGACACUUUGAAGUGAGGUUCUGUGGAGAAGUUAUGAACAGUCAAUAUCUUACCUGCUUUAGAUAGCUGUUUGAUGGACCUCAAUUUGGUUAAAUUCUGACGGACUGACAAGGUAAAGGCUAGCACGGCUAAAAGUGAACCUUCAAGUUUUUGUUGCUGCAUUUUUAAUUUUACUGUGUGGGAACCUUAUAGACUAAUAAAACAAUUAGCUGUUUAAAAAUAAUAAAAAUCCUUAAAUAAAGACCACUGAUGCUAGGUUAAAA